ACCACAUCCUUGUAGUUCAACAUAUAAAACUGAGCGUCACUGUGAGUUUCAACAUUCAACAUCUGAUCAAAGAGGUAAGAAGAAAUGUCCUGCCUGAGGAAUUUCAGUGUUUUCGUCUCAUGCAUGUUUCUCUUCAUCAUCCAGCCAGGUCAUGGCUCUGAGAUUAUUAGAGGGAAAGAAGUUGAGCCACACUCACUGCCUUUCAUGGCUCAUGUGAGAAGUGAACGAGCUAUGUGUGGCGGGACAUUAAUCCAUCCACAAUGGGUCCUGACAGCUGCCCACUGCACUGAUAUGAUUCUAGUGAUACUGGGAGCGCACUCCCUCAGGAAAGUGGAAGUUGAUUCUUGGCAGGUCAGAGAGGUUGAGAAACGAUUUCCUCGUCCUGGCUAUUACAGUGCAUUCAAGGGCAAUGACCUCAUGUUGCUCAAGCUUAAGGAACCAGUGAUACUAACCAAGGCAGUGAAACCCCUCCAACUGAACAACAUUGUCAGAGACCCUCCACCUGGAAGCAAGUGUAUGGUGGCUGGAUGGGGAGUAACUGAAAACAACCAAAUAUCAGAUGUUCUCCUGUCUGUCAAUGUCACUGUGGUCAGCAGACAUACAUGCAACUCUGGUCAUUAUUACAACGGAAACCCUGUUAUCACCAAGGGCAUGAUAUGUGCUGGUGCAAAUAGUUUAGAUGAGGGUGAUACAUGUAGGGGGGAUUCUGGAGGUCCACUGCUGUGUAAUGGAGCGCUGGUUGGGGUCACUUCAUUUGGACCAAAGGAUUGCGGCAACAAUUUUCCUGGAGUCUACUCAUUUCUCUCAGUGAAACAACUCUACUGGAUCAAAAAUACAAUGAGGUUUUCUGAAAUGUUAUGAAUCCACAGGCAUCAAUCUAUAUGAGCUGAGCAAGAAGGGAAUCUUUGAUGCUUUUUUGUCAAAUCUACCACAGCUAUCACCAUAGACCCCUUACUUGAGCAAUAUCUAUAGUAACGGCUCAUUGAUUCUAUAUUUUAUAUUUUACUUUCUACUUGCUUGCUAUAAUUUUUAAGUACUGUGUAUACAAAAAUGGACACAGUGACCGUGAUAGUUAGAAUAACCAUACAUAAAAAUUGUUAUCCCAGAAACCAUUUUUUCCAAACAACUUAAAGUACUCCCAAGCAGGAACGUUCCUGGUUGCUGCAGAUGAAUGCCACUGCUGCAGUAAAAACACAGAAAAAUUAUUU